AUGGAGCCCCCGCCGACACAGGGGCCACGAGAUUCAGCAGAGAACAAUUCUGUGAAGGAUUUCAUUCGAGCCCAAGACGUGUUGGCCGCUCUGGUGGUGGGUGGCGUGGUGAGUACGGGUCUCGUCCACCUGUGCCUGACCGCGCGUCCUUUCGGAGGGCCAUCGGUGGACAGAGAGGCGUCAGGCAGCACUGUGGAGCUGGUGAACGGCGUCCGGGUGCGUCGGACACUAGGCAUUCCAUACGCGUUGCCCCUGCGAGCGCACAACCGCUUCGGUGCACCACAGCUGCUCGACUACCAGCAGUACCUGCGCGACCACGUAGCCACUGCAAAAUGGCUGGGAGGAGGCUUUACUCGACUGGGAUGCCCACAGGUUGAGUGGACGCCGUUCCCGCGUCGCCCUAUCGCGCAGACCAACAGUGAGGAUGACUGCCUCUACCUGAACGUGUGGCAGCCACUGCUCGAGGAGGACGGUGGCACCGAGUGCGGCGUCUGUGGUCGCCCUCCGCUGCUUCCGGCCGUGGUGGUGCUGCACGGCGGUCGCUUCCAAUACGGGGGCGGCGGUGGGCCAUACACCUUCUACGACGGGAAGUACCUGGCUGCUGCCUGGCGUGCUGUUGUCGUGGUGCCGGCUUACCGCAUAGGUGCCUUUGGCUUCCUCAACGCCGCGCUGCAGCACGACGAGGCCCCCGGCAAUGUGACCCUUGUGGGCCACGAAGCCGGAGCAGCGUCAGUGAGCUACCACCUUAUGUCCAACCGAAGUGCGGCGUACUUUCAGCGGGCAGUGAUGAUGGCUGGUUCGCCAUACAGCCCUUACCCUGAGAACAACGGCAAGGCCGCCGACCGCAAUGUGCGCGCGCUGGCCAGGGAACUGCGUUGCCCAGACUCAUCGGCCAGAAGAGCGGCCAUUGAGUGCCUCAAGUCACGCUCUGUCAGGGCGACGCUCGAAGCAGCCGACGGCGCAGGCAUCGAGUUCGGGCCCAGCUACCUUUCCCCACAGACAGCAGUCACACCCGAGCACAAGAUGUUAGAGAAUGCCGUGGUGCCGGAAAAGAUUCCCAACAUGCCCGCGCGCUUUAGGCCCCUGGAUUUCAUCGCGGGCUACACCAGCAAUGAGGGUGUAUCCUACGUGCUCGAAAUGUUGCGCCGCUCGCAACUGCACUUCAACGACGAGACCAGCGGGCGGGAAGUGCUCGGGCUGCUAGAGGCCUGGUUGCGGAGGCACGGAGUGGCGGAACCCCACCAGGUGCUCGACUUCUACGGUCUGCACGCACCACAGUUCGCGAACACGAAGGGCGUCAACGUGCUGGAGUCUCUGGACGAGCUCUUGGGCGACAUGCACGUCUACUGCCCGGUCAACCUAAUGGUCGAAGAGGCCGUGGCCCUCGGAAGUCGCGUGUUCGCAUACGAGUUUGCGCACCUUCCUUACUACCGCUGGUGGGCCCGCUGGAAGGGUGUUCCCCAGCUUCUGGACUUCAUCUACGCAUCUGGCCUGGUGGGCGCCAUCCAGGACGAGUACGGGCUAGACCACAGCGAGCUCCACUUCUCGCAGUACAUGGCCGACAUGUUCGCGGGCUUUGUAUGGAACGGUGAGCCGCCACCAGAGUCCAACUGGUCCCGCUGGGAGAUCUUCCACCGAGGUACCCUAGUGUUCGCAAGCAGUGAGAACAGCAGCUAUGCCAAAGCAGCCAUAAUGCCCCACGAGGCAAACUGUGCUUUUUGGAAGGCAUUAUUCCAUCGACAAGCUACUAGCAUGGCCACAACUACAACACCAUAA